AUGGCUGAAGAUUCAGAGCUCUGGUAUGUUAUUUGCGAUGGGCCCUUCAUUCCUAUGAAGACCAUUGGCAAACCAGCAAUGACAGUUCCCAAGAUAAGGAAGGAGUACAACGAUGCUGACUGUAAAGCUAUAGAGAAGAACUUCCGAGCAAAAGAGAUCCUCGUCUAUGGUAUUGGACCAAACGAAUACAAUAGGAUCUCUGCCUGCCAAUCUGCCAAAGAGAUUUGGGAAGCUCUCCAAACAGCACACGAAGGAAAAAAUCAAGUCAAGCAGUCAAAGAUCGACAUGCUCACGACUGAGUAUGAACUAUUCAGGAUGUAUGAUGAUGAGUCUAUUCAGGACAUGCACAGUCUAUUCACCUCCAUCAUCAAUGAGCUUCACUCUCUGGAAGAGAUCAUUCCAAGGAACAAACUUGUUAGGAAAAUACUUAGUGUAUUACCUGGUUCCUGGGAAAGCAAGGUCAAUGUUAUCACAAAGCAAGAUCAGUACAAGCACAAUACUGACAAAACAACCAAGAGGAACCUGGUUUCUAACAAAAGAUUAAAGAGAAAAGACGCUACUGACAAUUUUGUGAAACAAGCUCUUGCUGCAUGGGGAGAUUCCUCCAGUGAAUUUGAAGGAGAUGAUGAACAUGAUGGCUGUUGA